AUGUUUGGGUACACAUCACGGAGUGCUCUCGUGUGGAUGACGCUUGGCCUGUUAGGCCUGCACCAGCAAAUCCAGUUGGAAUACACCAGCGAGCAACAGAAUUACUGGUCAACUGCUUGUGGCAACCUCAAGCCGAGCUGCAUACUUGUUCCCAAGAGCGCGGAAGAGGUUUCGUCAAUCAUCAAAGUUCUGCAGAAGAACCAUGAGACGUUUGCCGUCAAGUCAGGAGGGCACAACCCAAAUAAGUACUACUCCAGCAUCCAGGACGGUCCUUUGAUCUCGACCAAGGGACUGAAAACGGUCCUCUACAACAAGGCGAGUAGUACUGUCCAAGUAGGGCCGGGGAACAAGUGGGAAGAGGUGCACGAGGCCCUCGAGGGAACUGGAGUCACUGUCGUGGGCGGUCGCAUCGGGAAUGUGGGUGUAGGUGGUUAUCUGCUGGGAGGUGGACUCAGUUUCCUCAGCACCCAGUACGGGUGGGCAGCGAACAAUGUGUUGGAGGUCGAGAUCGUUCUCGCCAAUGGAACCAUUGCCACCGCUUCCAACAACUCCAACCAGGAUCUCUUCGCUGCGAUCAAGGGAGGGGGGAAUGCUUUUGGUGUAGUCACGAAAUACGUCCUUCAGGCACAUCCCAUCGGCCAGAUCUGGGGUGGCAACUUGGUUUUCGGCGCCGAAAAAACGGACGAGUUACUUGCAGCCGUUCGUAACUUUACCGAGAACUACACAGAUCCCAAGGCGGCUAUCAUCGCCACCUCGGAGCUCACUGCGAUCAACCUGGUCGACAUCUGGAUCUUCUUCCUCUUCUAUGACGGUCCGGAACCCCCUGCCGGUGUCUUCGACGCGUUCUUGAAAGUUGGACCAACCAUCAACAAUUGCAAGACAAGAUCUUACAGCGACUUCCUCAAGUCCAACGACUUUUUCGUCUUGAAGGGCAGUAUCUACACCAUAGCCACGGAGACCACACCGCUACCUCCAGCUGCUGCCGGUGCGAAAGUCAUGCGGUCGUACUACGAUCACUGGUACAAUACGUCAGCCAAAAGGGCUGGUGUCGCUGGGUUGAUCGCGUCGAUGGCUCUUCAGCCCAUACCCAAGUCACUUCCUCGCAUCGCUCGUGAUAAGGGCGGUGAUCUCUUGGAUUUGGACGACAGUGCUGACCGGAUCAUCUUUGAGUUCGACUACUCGUAUCUCUUCUCCAUCGACGACGCCACCAUUGAUACUACUAUGGUGGACUUGUACUCCGGCAUGAAGUCUCGUGUGGACGGCUUCAUUCAAGAAGGCACACUGCCGGAUAUCUACAGACCAUUGUUCAUGAACGAUGGAUACUUCAGACAAGACUACUGGGGGAGGUUGAGACCUGAGAAGAGGCAGUUGGCAGAAACAGUGCGCGCGGCUGUCGAUCCCGAGGUCAACGAACAACAAACAAAUUUGGCGUCUUUCGAAAACUGCAGAUGCCACAACGUGAUGGCGAAGCUUCCAAGUACCCAGGUCCGCCGGGUCGAUUCUGACAGCUCGGAAGCCAGCUGGGGCCUGGACUACCUUCAGGAAGAAAAGAUCACGCCGUUGACUUGGAUCGAAACCCCGGUGAUAUCCUCCGAUGAAGACACGGGCGAGGUCAAGCUUUUCGUCCGCCACAAUGCCAACACAAUCGAGCUAUUCUCCGACCUAUUCUUCGUUGCAAACCUCGAGACAUUUACGCAGACACACAGCAUUACCAACCUCAGCAGUUUAGCGGCAUAUCUUGGCUUCUUUGGAAUUAUCUGGUUCACCUGGUUUCAGAUCACGCUGCAUGAUGUCCGCUUCUCUGUCGACUCAGGCUACGAACGUAUGUGCAAGAUUAUUCAGUUCUUGCUGUUCGUGGGCUUCGCACUGGUUGGGUCGUCGUUCAGUCCCGGGACGAAGGAGCACAACAAUGAUAGCUUCAAACUUCUCUGCAAUAUUUUGUUUGCAACUCGACUGUUGCUAGUCGCACAAUACUCUGUCGCUUUACACUUUGUCAAGAAGAAGACCAAAGCCUUAACUUGGCCUCUUGCUCUGACCAUCACACUCUUCAUUUUCUCAGGCGGAGCCUUUUACUCCAUGACCCCCGCGUUUUCCCCGGAAUCGGGUAACGGUCUUGGUAUUUACUAUGUUUGGUACAUCAUUCUGGCUAUUGAGGCCGCGAUCACUCUCGGCAUUUCAUCCGUCUGGCGGAACCUCAGCUUCAAGCACACCCAUCUGACGGAGCGCAUGGGUCUUUUCACCCUCGUCAUCAUUGGUGAAGGAGCAAUCGGUGCCACCAAGACCGUUGGCAAUCUGAUGGGCGAAACAGGCCUAAGACUCGACGCUUGCCUUGUUGUUGGUUGCAUCGUUUUCAUCCUGAUGUUCUGCUGGAUGCUUUAUUUCGACAACCCUCCCGAAUGCAAGUUCGGGACAGUCCGCCAACAGAUCUGGGCUGUUCUCCACUUUCCCUUCCAUCUCGGCAUGAUCGGUGUCGUUGAAGGCUCUCAACAAAUUGCACUUGCGUGGCAAGUCAUGAGUGAAUUUGGCGGGUUCUUCACAGAUCUCCGGAAAGCCUGCAUCUCCUUGAACCAAGACGGCGAGGCCCUCACCAACUCGACAAUCACGUCAUUUCAGGGCCUGAAGAUGCCCAACAAUCUUGAGGUUCGCGACUUGGUUCCUUUCGUCUACCAAGAGAUUUACAACCUCGGAAACAUGACUGGGAUUUGCUCCUUGGCAAACACCACCGGCGGUGAUGACCUCUUCUUACCGUCUCCGUACAAAAGGUUGACGCAGCGAGUCAUCGGUGUGCUGUUUGAAUCGUACAACGGGCUUAGCUCGUCGGGCGAGGAAGAUCCCGGCGAAAUCGCAGAACCGGCCUUCACCACAGUUUACGUAUACUACUGGGCAUCCUUUCUCUUUGUCGUCGCCUUCUUCGCCGUAUUCAUUGUCAUCACGCGACAUAAGGAUCGCCCCCUCAACAUCUUCGAUAAGGCGGCAGUCGCCAGCAGGGGACUGGCAUCACUUUUAGCCGUCGGAUUGGCGGCUGGCGCUGCGUCAGAUCAGUUCAUCUUCCAAUACCUGAAGAGUGCAGCCACUUUGCCCACUGUCGCUGCAAUCUUUCUGGUCAUUCUUGCCAUUGAUAGAUACACCAAAUAUCUGAGCGCGAAGACGUUGAGGAGAAAUUUGACGGGGCUGAGUGAUUUCGAGAGCUUGCCGUCCGAAGUCAAUGUUGGCCACAAGAGCUGA